GCCUUACCAGCUAUUCUUUUCCCCACCAAGGUCACCAAGGUCGGACCAAGUGUACAUGGCCAGUUCUUGAAACCUUAAAUAAAAGAAAGAAUCACUUUUGUGUGGCUACAUCACUUUAUUUUUCCUGCAAACAAAGUCCGUCGCAACUUCUCUAUUGUCAAUCGUUCCAUCUACCAGCCACAAAAGUUAGAAAGUUUGCUCUUGUACAAAAAGACGCUUGGACUUUCGUCGGGUCAUAUGCAUGGUAUGCACUUAAACAUACCGUGUAGGUGGACGGAAGGUGGAGAAAGAGAGGGGAAGAUCUAGCUAAAAAAAGAGCGUGUAGUGAACGCGCACCGCGAAGGUCCGACUGAGAGACGCGCACUUAGGAAAGAACCCACACUGCACAUAACUUUACUAUUUGUGCUGUGCAGGGCAUACAAUCUGUCUGUGAUACUUUCACAAUUACAGAGCCUGCCAAUUUUCUUAUUCUCUCAAUUCAUUUCAACCCUUUUCUCAAUCCCUCCUUCUAAACUAUCCAAUCCAUUAUUACAAUCUCUCAACCCUUUCCUAUCAUUUCAUUUCCAUUUACUACAUCUUCCCUCUCUACAUGUACAAUUAGUCUCUCAUUCUAUCAUGUCUUCACCCGUUAAGAAGAUGGACGGUAAGACUUCAGAGGAGCCUACGCUACCUCCUGCAUUUGCCUCUUCGUCAAGCAUUCUCGGCGUAAAGCGACCUGCGUCGUCUCUAUUGCCUCCCUUUGAACCACUAUCGUCCUCUCCUGGAUGUCCGAGGCCAUUAAAGCAGGCUCGACUCGGAACGCUCAAUGCGAGCGCGUUCCACAAGUAUCCGACGCCCGUUCCUACAUCGAGCACGGGUAUCCUGUCAUCGUCUCCCCCACGCGUUCAAGCUUCCCGGCCUGAAGUUGAGCGUCCACAGACUGCCGCGUCCGAGCGAGCUCCCCUAUCUGCCGUACCAUCUGUCCAACUUAGCGAGAACGGCGAUAUAUUAUUAAUGGGUCGAUCAAGCAAUUCUUCCCAUUACCAUCUUUCGAGCAACAACCAUGUUUCUCGUGUGCAUGUAAAGGCACGAUAUAUCCCAGCUGCUGAUCCAUUCGAACCGAAUAGAAUCGAAAUUAUCUGCAAUGGUUGGAAUGGGUUGAAAAUUCAUUGCCAGGGCCGAACAUGGGAAUUGGCCAAAGGGGAUACCUUCACCUCAGAAACAGAGGAGGCGGUGAUCAUGAUAGACGUCCAGGACGCCAGGGUUCUGGUCCAUUGGCCAACGCGAACGAGACGUGAAUCUAUUACCAAUUUGUCUGACUCGUCAUGGGACGAUUCACCACGCCCUCGACGUCAUAAUGGUCCUGCAUCGGACUUCUUGCAAUCAAGCCCUCUGCGACGACAGGCACGCAUAAGGUCGCCUGAAUCUCCAUCGCCUAACAAUAAUGCGUCUGUAAGCCCAAGUGAUGCUCUGUUAAACAACGACCCGAAUGAGGCUAUUCAAAUUUAUGAGGAUGGUAGCGAAGAGCCGUCGGGACCUUCGGCUGCGGAUGUAUCAUUUGCGCAAACCGAGAUUACCAACAGCUUCUCUAGUGAUCUGAGUGACCCCGAAGACGAUCCGGACGAGGAAAACGAUCCCUUCGUUCAUUCUUUCGGGCCUUUCGGAGCCAACCUUUCGGGUCGUCUGGCAGCCGUAACUGCACGAUCUCCCGAGCAGCCUUCUCGUAGCCUUUCAGGACCUACCACAACCCAGCACUCAGCAGAGCCAGAGGAGGCUAUCAACGCUAGUAUCGACAUCGCCGCAAUCAGGAACCACGUCGUUAACCAGUUGGCAUACUCUCGAUUAGCGAGCAACCCGCUAACGGCGAUAAUGAAUAACCUCCCAGCCGAAGAGAAGAAGGAUCUCACCAAGGUCCAAUUGCGUGGUCUCAUCGAAUCAACAGCCUGCAUUGGCGUUAUCACUCGUCAAGGAAAGGACGCAGCUGGCAAGCCACUCGAGAGCGAAUACUAUUACGUUCCUGAGCAUGAUACCGAUGACGACCGACGUCAUACCGUGACGGAUGGCUUGAGGAAGCCUAGCUUAAGGGCUUGCAGGAAGCAACAUAAGGUAUUAUACUGGAAGCGCCCAAAGACUCCAUAGUUACCCAAGCAGCUGACUGCACUCCCCGAGUUUGGAUUUCUGAGCCUGCGGCAUCGCCCUAGUUAUUAUCAAACCGGGUGAUAUACCUCAUGGAAAAUAGGCACAUUUCCGCUGCCCCAUGAUUUUCGGUGUCGGCGGUCGGCGAUGGUAUUUGCAUUAUUGCUAGUUCUUUCGCAUAGCAGAUGGCGUUGGUUGGUUGGUUUUAUUUGAUUGCUUCAAUUUUUGACUGGAGUUUAUGGUGUGCUGUUGCUUUCAUGAUAUCCCGCUGCAUCAUCCAGAGGUGGAGAGUCGUGGAGGAGAGCGUGGAAAUUCACCUGCUUCAUAUCAUCGCUGAUUGUUCUGACGAUAGAAGCCAUUAGAGGAGAGGUGAAAUUAUACAAAAGUUAUAUAUGCCGAACCCUCCUUUAUAAAAGGAUAAUGACAAUUUUAGGUGUGAAGUUGCGAUAAAAAUAAAUGUUGUAAAUGCGCAUUUGGUGAUGUCAAAGUUAACGUGAUUGAGAAAGGCGAUGACGGUGUGAGAAAUUUAUGGGGGGUUUGCCACGGCGAUAAGGAGCUUAUCGGACAGGAGCUACCCCGCAUUCUUG